UCAAUGACCCGCCCCGUUAAAAACUAUAAGCGCCCCACACGGGUUUCUCUGGAAGUGCUGCUCUAUGCCAUUCUGGAUGUGGUUGAGAAAGAUCAGAAAUUCAUCCCUUAUGUUUGGACUGUCAUGAGGUGGAACAAUGAAUACAUAUCCUGGGAUCCAAAUCAGUUUUGUGGAAUUGAUAAUGUUUCUCUUCCUGCUGAAGUGUUGUGGAUACCAGAUAUCACUAUUGAGGAAAUGACAGAGAAGGACAAAGCCCCUCCGAGUCCUUAUCUCACCAUCAAUGAUAAAGGUGAUGUUGAAGUCCAGAACGACCAGGUGCUGGUCAGCACUUGCAGGAUGCACAUUUACAAGUUCCCCUUUGACAUACAGAACUGCAACCUCUCCUUCAAGUCUACCAUACACACCGCAAAGGACAUUCGACUCCAGCCAAGCGACAACUCUACAGAGGCCACAUUGUGGUCCCGUGACGUGAUGCGGACCCAGUACGAAUGGCUGUUUCUCAACAUGACCGUUACCACCAACAACGCCAGUGAUCUGAUCAGCCAAGACAUCAUCAUUUACACUAUCACCAUGAAGAGGCGGUCUCUCCUCUAUAUUGUCAACUUCCUGGUACCUGUCCUGUUCUUCCUGUGUCUGGACUUGGCCUCCUUCCUGAUCUCAGACAGCGGGGGAGAGAAGCUCAGCUUCAAGGUCACUGUGCUGCUCGCUGUCACUGUGUUACAACUUAUUCUAAAUGACAUUCUCCCUGCCUCUUCAAACAGGAUUCCUCUUAUUGCGGUUUAUUGCAUUGGGAUUUUUGCUCUGAUGCUACUAAGCCUCCUGGAGACAAUUUUGGUGAUGCAUCUGAUUGAAAAAGACUCCCAAGCAUCCCAAGACAACAAGGCAGAUAAUGGUCGGAACAAGGACUGUAACAAGAGGGGCAAGGCCAACUUCCACAAUAGUCACCAAGAGGGGAACGAAUGGACUCAAUGCGGCUGUAUCUAUGAUGUGUGUGAAACUCCGUCUGAAUUGCUGCCUGUAACCAAAGAGGGCAACAGCAGAAAGGUGAUUGAGGAGUAUCAUGCCUUGGAGAAGCUCUCAGAUGAGCUGAGGGAGAUGCAGAAAACAUUGUCCCUGCUCCUCAGCAACACCAAGGAAGUGGCGAAGCCUGGUUACUGGACUAGAGUGGCAAAAAAAGUCAACAAAGUUUUCUUUAUUUUCUAUUUAACAGUGGUAAGUCUGUUCUUAAUUAUUAUCUUUUUAAAAUGGAACACUGGAUAGAGGUGAUUAUUGCUACAUCAUAAAAACACAAUUGUCUGUUUCCAUUAAAAGAAUUACACUAGAAUGACUAUAUCUCAUCUUUUCAUGUCUUCGGUGUCUAAUAUGCACAAUGUGUAUGUAUCACAGGUUGUCCAGUUGUAGUUGAUGUGUAUAUGUAAUAUAAAAGUUGUUAAUCUGAAGGUACAGUAUUAGCUUUGAAAACAUAUAUCAAGCUCAUAGUAUCACACAAAGAAAUAAUACAAUACAAAUUAUGCAUGCUCCUUUUAUGCUUAAUGUAUGCUUAGUGCAUGUGUUGUAUUAGUGUUUUGGAUAACAUUU